GCCGCUUCUCGAUAGCAGCGACGGCAGUCAGGCUAUAAACGGUUCUGCUCAGCGCUAUUACUACGAGAUCUUCAAGCGUCUGGGUAAUAGCUUUUUAUUGGACGCUACAAAGUCAGCCGCUUCUUGAUGUAGGCGCUACUGCGUAAGCAUCAGUUAGUCAGUCUACUGGUCAGCCAACCACCAGACAAUCAGUUGUGAUCAGACAUUCUCCAGGUCCACACCAUCGGCACCUUUCGCUUGCUGUUACCUCUGUUUUGCGCACCUUCGAACCCCCGCUCUGAGUGAGGUCGCACUUGCGAAACCAAGAACAGCACAUCGCCGUUGAAAUUGGCGACAAUCGUUUAACUCCGAUGUUCAACUUAACGGCCGCUACACCUUUGCCUUUACCUGACGUAUAGAUCCUGCAGCAGUAGUAGCAUUAAGAUAGUUGGCUACGGUACUAGUGAGAGAGCCCACGACUGACGCCAGCUACUCAAGGUGCACGUGAGUGCGGGGUGUCCAACUAACCACUGUCAAUAACCACGUGAUUUACCAGAUCCUGUGAGGCCUGCCAGCUUGUUUGGGUUCGGACGCGUGUCAGUGAGAAGUGGACAACGUCUAAGCAUCGGUGAUCCUUGUUAUAUGAGUGUUUAAAGCCAGACAGGCGAAAGGCUGGUCAAAGUAGCGGUUUUCGUUUCCAGAUACCGAGAGAAAGAGCAAUCGUCGGUGGCUGUAGCUGGUUGCGCGGUGUUAUACAAAACGAUCAGCCGUGCUUAACGCACGCAUGCGUGUAUUGUGUGCAAGGCUUUAUUAGUCGAAGAUAGUUGAGCACAUCAUUUAGACAUGGUCGUAGCUGGUCAGGAAGGCAAUCAUCGCCUCAACAAUUGCGGUGGCGAGACGAGUUUGAGUGCUGAAGGUGAAGGCACUCAACUGAUGACUAGAUUUAUAACACUUGGCCCAUUUGCGGAGGUCCCAUCUGGAACUCUGCUCAAGGGCCAUCCGCUAACGAUGGGCCCCGCUUUAAACGGUGAACACCAGAAGACCAAUUGGACUAUUGGGCUAAUAAAUGCAUCGCUCGGAAAAUACCUAACGGCCGAAUCGUUCGGCUUCAAGGUGAACGCAAAUGGAGUCGCGCUUAAAAAGAAACAACUCUGGACACUCGAGGCUUAUGGAGAGGAUGAGGCCAUUUGCCUUAGGAGCAACCUCGGACGGUAUCUCGCUGUGGAUCAGUUUGGCAAUGUUACCUGUGACAGCGAAGACAAGGACAUCGGUGCCAAAUUUACCAUUAGCAUGACUGGAGAUGCAAAAGGUCAGUGGGCACUCAAAAACGAGAAUCGCGGUUACUUCCUUGGUGCCAGCGGGGACCAGCUGAUCUGCAACACCAAGGCGCCCUCAAGCGCCGAACUGUGGACAGUGCAUCUUGCUGCUAGGCCCCAGGUGACGAUCAAAUCAGUUGGUCGCCGUAGGUUCGCCCGGCUUUCCGAGGCGCAGGACGAAAUUCAGGUCGAUGCGACCACACCUUGGGGUGAGAACACGCUCUUCACGCUCGAGUUCCGAGAUGGCAAAUAUGCUGUUCAUACUGGCAAUAACAAAUAUCUGUCGCCUGAUGGUAAACUGCUAGCCAAAUGCGAGGCCUGCUGUCUUUUUGCCGUCGAGUUUCAUGGAGGUUUCCUGGCGUUGAAAGAUGCCAAUAUGGGUUAUCUGUCGCCUACCGGUAGCCGCGCCGUUAUUAGGUCCCGCAGCAACACCGUCACCCGUGACGAGCUCUUUUCGCUAGAAGACUCCGUGCCUCAGGCUUCGUUCGUUGCGGCCCUGAACGGAAAGUUCGUUUCGGUAAAGCAGGGUGUCGACCUGACAGCGAACCAGGACGAAAUCUCGGACCAUGAGACGUUCCAGCUCGAGUUCGAUAAGGCCACCCAGCGUUGGUUGAUCCGUACGAUGCAGGACAAGUAUUGGACCCUUGAGCCAACUGGCGGUAUCCAGGCGAGCGGGGAGCGCGCCUCUAGCAAUGCACUGUUCCGACUUGAUUGGCAGACCGAUGGUAGUGUAAGCUUUAUUGCCAACAAUGGAAAGCUUCUGGCCAUUAAGAAGUCCGGUCACCUGUACGCCAAUGCCGACUCGGCGCAGGAUGAGAACGUCAAAUUUUAUUUCUUCCUCAUUAGCCGGCCAAUGUUGGUACUCAAGUGUGACCAGGGCUUCGUUGGCUUCAAGAGUAACUCUAGUGCUAAGCUUGAGUGUAACAAGGGCUCGUACGAGACAAUCCUUGUAGAACGAGGAGAGAAGGGUGUCGUAUACUUUAAAGGAACAAGCGAUGCUUACUGGAGUGUGGCUGAUGACGGGAGCAUUACCGUGGACUCGGAAUCACGUAGCGAAGGAUUCACGUUCGAGCUCCGCGAGCCAUCUCGUUUGGCCAUCAAGCUUGCCUCAACCGGAUGUUACGUUAUAGCUGAGAAAAAUGGGCUGUUCAAAGUUGGAGGACCCGACCCCGCUAAGGCCACCCUGUGGGAAUACUAAUUUCAAUAAAUAGACAUUUACACCACUGAAACGAAUUGGCUGGCUCUAGCGGAGCAGGAGCACCAGCAGGGAUAAGGGCGAAGGGCAGGAACAGCAUUAAACUUGCCGGAAUCAACGAUUUCUGGAGAAGUACGCGGUUCAUAUAAACUGACUUGAGCAGAUACUGAGCCACUUCUAUUAGAUCCGGAAUAUUUUCUCUUUAAAUCCGUGAGGCACUAAUUAUAUCGCAGUAUAAACACACACCUAUUCGUGCCUAAGUUGGCCUUGCCCCUAUUAAGAGUUACUAGACCUAUCGAAAGUUUUCAUUCAUAUCUAACCUUCAGUAUUGGCUGAAGGCACUGUGUCAACUCAUUGCCGCUGUAUAACUGCCCAUGGAAUAGCUAAAAAAGUAUUUUUUCUUAAUAGAAGAAACCCGUGAAAAACGCAUAACCAUUCGCCUGGAAAUAUGAUAGUUAAUGGUUUGCUGAUAGAAUUUUUUGAAGCUUGACCGAGACGCAUAGGACCGCUGCAGACGAUGUGUGUCUGACUGAGCCCUAGUUAGCGUACACCGUCUGCAGAGUACGUGACCCAGGAAAGUCGGCAUACAUACGGCAAACAUAAGCCUGUUAUGGCCGUGAAAAGGAAUUGCAAAUAUACGGUUGCACGACGUCACCAACAAUAACCUUAAUUAGGUGUUCUGAAGCAUACUUUAUUUUAAAAACACCAAAAAAACGAGUGUCCUUAAUUCAUAAGCUGUUGAUUAAUGUCGAUCGUGCUCUAAGGAAUAAAACUGAAAAUCUUACCUUAUUACGGAAAAAAAAAUUAACGCAUUUCUUCCCUCGCCUAAGUGUAUUGAAAUAUUAUUAUAACGAUGUCUUUAUUUCGACACCGAUUCCCUUUAACGUUCAAACGAACAUAGAAAAGGAACAGAAUCUCCAAAAUUGUCAUAAGGGCUCGCCCAAUAGAAAGAUGUGAGCGUUUUUGUUUCAUUAGAUAUACACUGAAAAGAAGAGAUACGAAGAAUGUUCACUGAAGAUACGCCUCGUCAUUUGCGUGCUAAUUAUGCUAGUAGCAAUGCUCAUCGUAUACUGAACAUAUCGCUUAACACUCAAUGGCACACCCGCUAACUCUAGCUGCUUGACAAUGAGUGCAUAUAUACAUACAUACAUACACAGCUUUCGAAGAAGAUAGAACUACAAUACACGUAUGAUAACUAAUGUGAAAAGAAGAAGAUCUAUGAAAGGAUCUACUGAUGUUAAGCAAAAAGCGAGUUUCGCCGCAUGGGCUAUCCGCCCUCGUGGUUGAGGACUGAGCGUGGGAUCCGUUAUUGUGCUAAACUGACUGGUUUUCCUUUCUUCAUUAUUAAUAAAACAUGUUAAUAAUAAGUAUUCACUUCUUUAUUAAGCUGGCUACAGUAUGUGUUCCGAAUAGGCACCGCAAUGCUUAAGUUAACAAAACCCAGUAUUAACCAAAAGGGUAUUAUAAUAACAUUUGAUUAAUAACCGUUGAUUUCACAGGACAUCAAUGAAAUCGCGCAAAAGUCGGAGCUCUACAUUGACCUAUGUAAAACUGAGGAAGGUUGUUGGUUAUUGAAAUAGUACAAGGGGCAUAAGGUUUAUUAUUGCACGCGGUUAUCAAACUACAGGAAUACCUAGAUGCUACUUUAGCUCACAUGGGUUGAUCAUGCAAUUCGAUGUCAGAACAGUAUAAAAACAAAGCAAAGAAUUUACAUGGCCUAAAGUAGACGCCCGACUUAACGUAUAAUGGAAUACAAUCAGAUGUAGGCUUGUCAGACAACAGCAAAGUAUCUGCCGAAAAAUCUCGACUUUCGGAAAAUGCGUAGGGCCGGGAAAAAUAAACCAAAUACAAAUAUUUUUUUUAAUCGAAACGGACGCAGAGUCCCGAGAAAUCGAUACCAAAAAUAUUUUACAAUAUGCCCACGAGAACAGAGCCAUAGCGUAGUCGCUGGGUGGUUUGUCGAGAACCUGAACCAAACAAAAAAAAAGCCCUCGUCAAUAACUGAUGUAACGGAACGAUUUUUAUUUUCUGAGUGAAUUCAAGGUUUUUUGUUAUAACCGAGUUUGCGCUAAGAAUCAGUGGAGUGACACUGCCUGUGGCUCAAUCCAGGUAUAAAGAGAGAAAUAGUUCGUUACAGCACCGCGAAAAAGUAACAAAAAACAGAAAAACAAAAUACUCGAUAAAAAUUUAUCUGCUUUUUAAUUUUGCCACAUGAUAAUUAUCUCCGCGAGUAAACAUUUUUGCAUGAUGUUAUUGAUUGUAUAUAAUUUUUUACAAAUUGCAUUAUCGAACGUGACGAGGCUAAUUUUAAAAGCAAAACAAAAUAAAAAAGAAAAAGAAAAUAUGAUAAUGCUCAUAAAAUCAACAGACAAUGCAAACCAUGACAUAUAUAUAUAUAU